GGAAUGACAUGCAGCCAUAUUUGACUGUAUUCAUCAAGCCCUUCCCCCUUCAGCAUCUUCAGCAGGACAGUGAAGAAAGCUGGAACGGGACAACGGAUGCCAAUCGAAAGGAGACUUUACCGAACAUGGCCUCGCCAAGAACAAUAACCAUUGUCGCCCUUUCAUUUGCACUGGGUCUGUUCUUCGUGUUCAUGGGCACAAUUAAACUCACACCAAGGUUGAGCAAAGAUGCAUACAGUGAAAUGAAAAGAGCUUACAAGAGUUAUGCAAAGGCCCUUCCAGCAUUGAAAAAAAUCGGCGUUUCUUCUGUACUUCUACGCAAGAUUAUUGGUACUCUUGAGGUGGGGUGUGGAAUCGUUCUGACCCUUGUGCCAGGGAGACCAAAAGACGUGGCCAACUUUAUUCUGCUGCUGGUCAUGCUGGCGGUGCUUUUCUUCCACCAGCUAGUUGGAGAUCCUCUGAAACGCUAUGCCCAUGCCCUGGUAUUUGGUAUUUUGCUGACGUGUCGGCUGCUCAUUGCUCGGCAGGGUGAGGACCGGCCUGAGAGGGAGGAGAGACGGGAAGAGCAGAUCACUGCCCAGGAAAAGAACAAAGUCAAAGUUUCUUAGCUCCACAAAUUUCACAAAGAGCGCCUAGCAGCAGAUCUGUUUCUCUGGAUAGGAGAAGAUGCCCAGUAAAAAAAGACAGCUGACCCAAAAGGUGAUUUAUGUCCCACAGCUACAUAUCAGCAGCCUGAAAAUCAGAUCUUGUGUUACCUUUACCUCAUGUCUCACCUGUAAAGCUUAAAAUACAAAAAUUCAGUUUAGAUAAUCACUAUUGUGGGAACUGUUUUGGCUGUGAUUUUGCAACAAAAGAUUAAAAUACUGUUAAUUCCUGCUGUAUUUAUUAUUAUUGUUUUUUGCCUUGCAUUGAACAAUAUCCUAAACACCACUUUUAAGAUUACGCUGUGAUACAGGUAACUUCAAAUGUCAACAAUUUGUGUGAUGUUUUAUUUACUUUUUGAACUACUGUUAGUGAAUACUGUACAAAACCAUUGAUUUUUUUAAAGAAAUGCUGUAUAUCGUUUGUUAAAAGGUUAGAGUCAGAUGGCAGACGGUAGCUUUUCUGUUGCCUCAAAAUCUGUUAGAGCCAUCAAAUAUGAGUUACACAUAAGUUCUAGAUAUUAUUAAUCUUACUGUAUCUAUUAUUUCUUAUUUUACAUAUAAUAAUAUUACUUUGUUUCUUUUAUCACAUUUGAUUUUCUAGUUUGAGUUUGAAAUACACAGUCCAAUAAAAAUCGUAUCCUUGGA